AGAACAGAAGAUCAAGAAGCAGCAAUGCGAAACCAUACAACAGUGACAAUAUUUAUCCUAGCAGGACUGACAGAGGACCCCAAAUUGAAGAUUGUCCUGUUUAUCUUCCUGCUUCUCACCUACCUACUAAGCAUCUCAGGCAACCUGAUUAUCAUUACCCUCACUCUGCUGGAUUCUCAUCUCAAAACCCCUAUGUAUUUCUUUCUUCGAAAUUUUUCCUUCUUAGAAAUUUCUUAUACAACAGUCUGUAUCCCAAAAUUGCUUGUUAGCAUGGCAACUGGUGACAAAACCAUUUCCUAUAACUGUUGUGCAGCUCAGUUAUUUUUCGCCUUCCUUUUGGGUGCAUCUGAAUUUUAUCUGCUGGCUGCCAUGUCCUAUGAUCGUUAUGUUGCCAUCUGUAAGCCUCUGCAUUAUACAACCAUCAUGAGCACCAAAACUUGUAUCCAACUGGUCCUCAGCUCUUGGAUCGCUGGUUUCCUCAUCAUUUUCCCAGGACUCAUAAUAGGUCUAAACCUGGAUUUCUGUGAUGCCAAUAUCAUUGAUCAUUUCUAUUGUGACACUGCUCCUCUACUGCAAAUCUCCUGCACAGAUACACAUUUAUUAGAAAUGAUGAGCUUCAUCCUAGCUUUAGUGACUCUCUUAGUUACUUUCUUUUUAGUGGCUCUGUCAUACACAUCUAUUACCCUAACCAUUUUGAAACUCCCUUCUGCCAACCAGAGAAAAAAGGCCUUUUCCACGUGCUCUUCUCAUAUGAUUGUCAUCUCCAUCUCAUAUGGCAGCUGCAUCUUCAUGUACAUUAAACCCUCAGCCAAGCAGCAUAUAACCUUAAUGAAAGGAGUAUCAGUGCUCAAUACCUCUGUUGCCCCACUUUUGAACCCUUUCAUUUAUACUCUAAGAAAUCAGCAGGUGAAGCAAGCAUGUAAAGACUUGCUACAAAGACUUCUGUCUUUAUCUAACAAGUAG